UGUAAAGCAAGAUGCUUUAUGGACCAAUCAUCAAACUUAAAAAUACUGUAUUGAAUAAUGAUCUUCUGGGAAUGACAUCCUUGCUUGUGUGUAUUUUAUUAGCUCCAAAGUACUCAUGGAGGAGAUGCUUUGCAGUACAAGACCCUAUUAUGAACUUGCAGCCUAAUCCUUCGUUGUACCUACAGUCAGUUCCGUUACUUUGGAAUGUGAGUGUUUUUUUUAUUAGACAUGUCAGUGUUUUAGAUCUUAAGAAGUUAGAUUUCUACUACGUCAUUUCCCGCAAUCUGUACUAAUGUUAGGUUUUUGUUAUUUCCUACUUUUUAAUGUCACAAUGGCCAUAAGGACUAUGGUCUGGAUACAGAUUCUGCCUGAAGUUGUUAAAAAACUGACUGCCAACACUGGAUUAGUUUUUUUUUGAACUUUGCCUUUCUGACAGGCCAAAGUGACUAUUGCUGGAGGAGGUAUGUCAGGGCAGAUGGAUUUUUCAUCAGAACUAGUGCGGCAGGUCCUGCAUCCCGGAAAGGUGUCCUGUCAUGAUCUAAGGAGUCUUCCCACUUAAAAUUUGUUUCAAGGGUUAAUUGCUUAACACCUAAUGUGUGUUUUACUUCUAGUUUUAGUGAAUUUGGCUUCAGUUCUUUGUUAAUUUAGUGAGUUCAAUGAGUCUUACUUUUAUUUUAACAAUGGAUAAUAAAAAUAUUUUAUGUGUAUGCUUUCCCAGACAUGGGGCUAUUGCCACCUCUGGGUUAAAAUAAGAGUCUUCCGAAGUGGGUUUACACAGGAACAGAGUUUUGAUCAGAGCACGCAGAAAGUGUCCUUUUUGGUGGAAGGCAUGCUUUAUUGUAUCUAGUAUGUAUUUAACAUAGCAGGCACAAUUAUUUUAAAACUUGGUUCUAAAAUUUAGGCCUUAGGUAAAUCUUACUAAGUAAAGAGGCAAAAAGAGCACCCUUUGUAUCGGCAUACUUCUAAAACCAAAGGGGAGGAGGGAACUUUAAAACUGAAUUUGAAUUCUGAUUUCAUGUAGGAAAAGAAAUCUCAUAUUGUUUUAUUAAAAUUGAGAUUUAUUUAUUUAUUUAUUUAUAGGUCUUUUGCUCUUUAUUUUGUAGUGGAGAAUUGAGUUUCAUUUAGUUUGGCUUUUGUGUGUGGUUUUUCUUAUCUUAAAGUUUAUUUUUUUUCCUUUCCUCUUUUCCCUCUUUUGCCAUGGGGCCCUGUGAAAUAUGUGCUGACUUUCCAUCUUUGAAGCAGUGAUGUUCUUGAAUCUUGGACAGAGUUUUUGCUUUUUUUCUCCUUAAUGUCUAUUAAAGCCCUGGUGCUCACAGAAGAGAAAACCCCAGAUCUAUAGCAUGAAUAAAAUUUACUCUUCUCAGUUGCUUAUCUUUUAUUCUCUUCGGUUACAAUAACUUCACUGGUUCUGUAGUCAGCAUAACCUGUUGCACCAUCGAAGUCUGAAUACUUUGAACCGUGGGUAAUUCCUCCUUCGUCUUCUUUCCAAAGCUUUUUUUACAUCUUUGUCUUGAAGAUUAAGUGGAGGAAGAAAGUACCUUUGUUGUUCUUUGCAAGUGUUCUUUAAUAUAUUGAAUAAGUUAAAUAUUGGCUGCUGCUUGAAGGACAGACUUAGAAGGAAAAGACCAAGAUAUGCAAAAAGUGCUGAUGGAUGUUUUCGGUAUGGGAUGCUGUAGAUACAGGCUGCUGUUUAAGAACAUAUUCCUGUCACUCCUGUGCUGUUCGAGCUGCCCGGUGGUCAUCUUGUGGAAGAAGGAUCCUCAGUGGGGGCUUUGAUUCCAUGCUGCAUUUAACAGAUGUAGAAACAGGCAAGCAGAUAUUUAGCAGCAAAAAUGAAUUUAGGAUCAGUGCACUGAAGUUCCACCCUGCAGAGUCAAAUAUUUUCAUUUGUGGAGGGUUCAGCCCAGAAGUUAAAGCUUGGGAUAUAAGGACUUCUAAGGUGUUAAGAGUGUACAAAGCUGCAGUACAACAGACAUUGGAUAUACUUUUUCUCCCUGAAGGAAGAGAAUUUCUUACAAGCACAGAUGCAGUAAGCCGGGACUCAGCUGAUCGUACCGUUAUUGCAUGGGACUUCCAAAGUGCUGCGAAAAUCUCCAAUCAGAUUUUUCACGAGCGUUACACUUGCCCAAGUCUGACUCUGCAUCCAAAAGAGCCUGUGUUUGUUGCUCAGACAAAUGGGAACUACAUGUCUUUGUUUUCUGCCCAGCGACCUUACCGAAUCAACAAAAAGAAAAGAUACGAAGGACAUAAGGUGGAAGGAUUUGCAGUGGGCUGUGAAUUUUCUCCAGAUGGAACACUUUUGGUGACAGGAAGUUCAGAUGGCAAAGUGUUCUUCUACAACUAUCAUACUGCUAGGAUUAUUCGCACUUUGUCUGCACAUAAAGAAGCCUGUGUGAGUGCAAUAUUUCACCCAGUCUUGCCAUCGCUCCUUGCAACAUGUGAUUGGGCUGGAGGAAUCAAGAUCUGGCAAUAACAAGCAGAGUUACUUUUCAGGUUGUCUCCUGUUAGUCUGUCAAAGGCAUAGGGAAUAAACCAUGGUACGCAAAGUGAAAUUUUGCUGUGGUGUGUUGUAAGCAGGAGAGACUGUUGUCUUUUCUUCUAUGAUGUGUAAGUGUAUGCUUUCAUAAUGCAGUUAAGCUGCUGAGCAAAGAAAGUCGUCUUACUCUCUCCCUCGGCCCUGGUGAUAAAUUUCUGCCCCUUUUGUGUCAAUCUUCUGGUGCUUAUCUAGCCCUACCCUGGUUUGAGUAACUAAACUUGAAGAAAAUGAUGGCUCUUUUUAUGUAGCUUUUCACCGCAGCUUUCUUAAACCUGCUUUUCACUAGUUUAGCUCCCUGACCUGGUCACUGAAGAGUUAAACAAGUGAUGGUGUAGUUCUAGGCAAAACAGCUUGUACAGGAAAGAAGGGGGAAGAGCCAGGGAAGGUGGGACUGCUUCUUUUGGAAAUGGGUAGCUGUUACCAGCUGAGCUUAUUGCAAAAUGCCUUCUGAGAGUUCCAGGGAAAGGUGUGCCAGGUAACUUGAAGCUAAUAUUUAAGCCAAUAAAUUUGUGUUCUUAAAAUCCCAAUGCUUAAACUUGAGUUUUAAACUUAACAUUUAUUGUAUAUAAAUGCAGCAAAACUAUAUGUAAAUAUUUUUAAC